CUCGAACCUCUAUUUAGGAGUCCAGCCGCACAGACCUGGGGCCCGUUCCGAACCAAGCUAACUCACAUUUACACAGUUCAUUGGUAUUUCGAUCGCUUUAUCAUAUUUCUACCCGGAGAAUCCCUCAUUUCAUCUCUUCUUUUUGUCUAAGUUCUGUAGCGAUUCAAAACCCUAGGAUACGUAAACGGAGAAGGAUACCUCGGGGGCCAUUGUACACUACACUUACGGAGGAGGUUAACGAAUUGGGAUUUCUACUGUGGCUAUGCUUGAAAAUGCCAGAUAGGCAGAAUUUGUCGUUACCAAUAUUUUAUGUUGUUGGUUUAAAUUCAAACAUCGCAGACAAAGUCCUUUGGAUUUAAUAUCAUCUAUGCCUGGCAACGGAGUUGGAGAUAGGGUCCACAAUUUCUUUGCACAAGACACCUUGUCACAGGGGCAACAUCAGUCGGAGUUAUUGAACCAGAAUCAUCCAGCUCUGAGUAAUAACCUGUGGGCUGGAAACCAAGGACCUGCUGGUGUUCUGAGUUACACCACAAAAGAUCGUGCCAAAUCCAAACAUAUCUUGCAUUUUGGGAGAUAAAGGAGUACUAGCGAGUAUUUGGAUUCUUAGGGAUCAUGAUGUGUUGGAUAAUCCAAUAUCUAACAUGCGUUUAUCUCUUGUACUCCAGUAGUAGAUACUGGAAGAGGAUCAAACAGUCACUUACUGAAUGGACCACCUGGCUUACACUUCACUCGAUCCACUUUGAGUCCUGAGAUUCAGCUGCGGAGUCAGCAGCAAAAUUUGAAUGGCUAUACAUAUGGGAAUCUUUAUGAGACGCGACAGGAUGAAGGAAACUUUUUGGCAGCGGAUAUAGUUUCUGAUCAGCGAAAUGUAGGUUCAGUCGGCUCUUCUUUCUUUGAACAACCAAUGCAGGGAGUGGGCCUUCAGCAUCAAGCACAGAUGGUUAGUACUGGAGCUUCUCUAUCUUCUGGUAAUUUUGGUCUUCAUGGCGGUCAACAACUAAUGAAUCGUCACCAACCAAACAAUGUGCAACCUCUGCAGCUCCAGCAGACUGGGAUCAAGGACUUACAGCAUCUACAACAGCAAGUAAUGUUUAUGAGGAUGCAAGAACUCCAUAGGCAACAAAAACUUCAGCAGCUAUCAGAUGGUAGACAACACAUUUCAUUAAAUCAAAGUAUUCCCUUUCAUAAAGUUGUACCUAGCAGCUAUCCCUUUCCUCAGGUUCACAGCAAUGUACACUCGGGAGCACUAGGUUUCCCUGGGGCAACUGACACUAUUAACACAAAUUGGUUACAUGGCUGUUCUUCAGCAUUGCAACUGUCCCAUAAUGGUGUUCCUUCUAGCAAUCACGGUCAAGGGCAUCACAUGAUGACUCUGACUAAUCAACAGACUGACCAAUCCCUCUUUGGAGUUCCUGUCUCUUCUUCAAGGGCUAGCGGUAGCCACUCUACCCAGUAUUCCCAAGGGGCAACUGAUAAGCCAAAAAUGCAGCAAUCCACCUCACUCAAUAGUUCAUUUCCCUUUCAACAAUAUGGUCAAUUACCAGAUCAAAUUAGUGUUCAGGAUGGAACAGUUGUUUCUAGACAAAGAUUCAUAGGUGAAAAUUUCUUUGGAAAUGGUCCUAACCAAAGUCUAAACAAUGCAAUUAAUAUAGAGAACCUUCAGGAAGUGAAUGCCGUUCAACAGAGUGAAACCAUGCAAGAGUUCCAAGAGAGAGAGGAACCUGCUAUUCCUUCAGUGAACCCACAAGAGAAAGCAUCAAAGCAAGCCAAUUCAUCACACAAUGAAGUUGGUCUUGAUCCUACAGAGGAAAGAAUUUUGUUUGGUUCAGAUGAUAAUAUAUGGGCUGCGUUUGGAAAGUGCCCCAAUCCAGGUGAGGAAGUCUCCAACUCGCUUGAUGGUUCAGGAUUACCGCAUGGGUUUUCUUCUAUUCAAGGUGGUACUUGGAGUGCUCUAAUGCAGUCUGCUGUUGCAGAAGCCUCUAGAACAGAUGUAGGACCACAAGAAGAAUGGAGCGGUUUGGACUUUCACACUACUGUUGUUUCUUCAGGUAAUCAAAACGUUUCAACGCAUGAUAAUGGGAGAGAGCAUAGCGCAUUGAUGGAUGCCCACAUCUCCAUUGCACCGUUAUUGAAUUCUGAGGCAGGUCAGCCUUCUGUCAGCGAUUAUAUGAAGAAUAGUUAUGUCAGUCAUCCAGGAUUUCAGCAAUUUGUAAAAAAAAUUCCUAAUGAUAUCACCCAAAAUAUGCAAUCAAAUUCUGUGCAGAGACUUGUGCAACCAUCUGAGGAAGGCAGCAAGUGGCCAGAUGUUGCACCAUUACGAAUGUCAGGGGAUGAAGGGAGUCAAAUGCAGAUGAACACCUCACAUCUAUUUGAUGCAGGAGUUAAUGUCAAGGUUGUUUCUAGUUCCUGGAUGGAUGAGCAUGAUGGAUCCAGUAAAAACCGUGACAAAUUAAAUGAUUGGAGUGCUUUUGGGUCUGCAAUGGUUGCUGAAGAUGCUUCUGCGAGGAUUCACUCAAGUCACAACUACUCAGAUUCUUUAGACAGCAGUCACACCACAUGCUUACAUGGAGAUGCAGUUCAUACUGCUCCUUUCAGGAAAGCUGAUCCUGAAAUUAGCCCCGCUGUUACUUCAGAGGUUACUGGAUAUUCUCCUGCUAGUGCCCCAAUCAAUUCAGAGCUUCUUGCCAGUUCUUUAAAUGGCACUGAGGAAACCGGUAGGUUUCUUUCCCAAAAGAGUCAAGUUAAGUAUUGGAAGAACACUAAUACGUUGGCCAUAGGUAAAGAAAGUCAAGGUUUGGAAAGAUCACAUUCACACAUUAUGAAGGACAACAAUAUUCUGAAUGCACUAGAAAUGACAUCUCAAACCAGUGCUAAAACUCAUGAGGCAGAUGCUUCCAAUAAGCCGGCAAACUCCAAUGACAGCUACCAGUCAAAUGUUUCACACCAAAAUUCUGCUGGAAGUUUGAGGGAAAACAUAUUGUUAGAUUCCAGUGAUUCAAGGUCUCUUGCUACUGGCAAGGAAAAGUUGUCUAAUCAGAUUGGCAAGAAAAAUUCUGCUCGCAAAUUUCAGUACCAUCCUAUGGGAAAUUUGGAUGAAGAUGCAGAUCCUCCUUAUGGAUUGCAAAAGGCCCUCUCUACACAGGGAAUGACAUCGCAGACCGCUCAUUAUGGUCAGUCCCAGAUUUUUAUUCAGGGGCAAUCAUCUAAUGCUCUAAGAGGUGGAAAAGGGCUAGCUGAUGUGCACUCUCAGAGUUACUUUCCUAGCUCUGUCUGUAAUAUGUCUUCCCCUUUGACAAUAUCUGUUGAUAUUCCCCCUCAUGUCAUGGCUUCUCCAUCUUCUAGUCCAAGCAUGUUGCAACUUCUUCCAAAGGUGGAUCAAUCAAGAGUGUUUGGAGCCACUAUGCGUCAGAACACAUCACCAACUGAGAUGCCCAAGGCAGGAGACUCUGAUGGGCCUGUUGGACGCGUGUAUCCAAGUCAUCCAUUGGCUGCUCAAGUAUUUGGCCUACAACUUGGUCCUCCAUCCCAGUUGAUGCCAGUUCAGAACCACUUAUUCUCUCCUCAAAGCUCUAUGGUAACUGUUUCUUCAUCAUCCCCGAGUAUUGGUGACAAGGUACAUAUAGCCACUAUGUCUCAAGAUAUUUCGUGCCAUUCUUCAAGUGAAACAGCCCAAGGAGGGUAUGCUAAUAAAUCAGUAGUUCAAAUAAAUGACAAGAAUGAGAACAGUCAUUAUAAGAUGCAUGAAAAAUUUCAUACAGCAUUUAGUUCUGGAUUCCCCUUUCCAAAAAGCCGGAUUCAAAAUCAACCGAUGGCUACUGGACAUGAGUUGAAAAGUCAGCAUCCUAGUACGUCUUUCAAGGGCACUCCCUGUUUUCAUGAGGGAUAUGAUUCAAAUAGGGAACCAUCUUCUGGUACAUCAGUGAAGAAUUUCUCUCAUGAAGUGGCUAGCAAUAUUGCAGGUCUUAACUUACCUAAAUCUUUGUGCACAGCUGAGCAGACUAGUACUGUUGAUCCCCAUGAAAUCCUUAAAAGAUCAGUCAAUAAUUCCUUUCCUGUUUCUCAGCUUCCCUCCAGUUCAAUCAUGUCUCAACAGGCAUCCUUUUCAAAGACUAUGGAUAAUACAUGGAACACAUUUAAGGAAAACCCAUUUAGUGCACCUUCUCGUGAGGAGCCUUCAACUUUUUCAUGUUUGCACCAAUCAAAUAUUGUGGGUACAUCUUCUGCUACAGAAAACCAAGGGGAUCAAGAUGCAACCACCGGACGGAAUGUCUCGACUGAAGCUUAUGCAAGUUUUGCGAACUCAUUGGGUAAGAUACAUCAAGAAGAACAACAUAUAAAGGAAAGCCCUUCUCAGCAUGUAUCAUUCAGAGGCAUUGACUCUGUUGAGGAAAUGAAUAAAGCUCAGGAAGAACAUAUCAUUAAUAAUCUUUCUGAUGUACAUCCCGUUUGUUCUGCCUCAAUGCAAAGAGAUAUUGAAGCCUUUGGGCGGUCUUUGAAGCCUCAUACCCUUUCUUACCAGAACUACUCUUUACUAAACCAGAUACAGCCCAUGAAUAAUGCUGAAAGUGAACAGAGUAGUAAGGCUUUGAAAAUAUCUCGAGCCUCAUAUAACGGCCCUCUUGAUCAGGAAGUGUUGCAUGUGCUAGUUCCCUCGGUGGAUUCUAGAAUGCCAAAAUUCUCUGAAACGGAUCCUUUGGAAAGAAUUGCGACUUCUCAAGAAGUAAGUAUACCCACACAGGUGCAUGUAAUUCAUAUGGAUGAUCCUCAGACAAUUUCUCAAGGAAAGAAUGAAAGUUCUGUUAAGAUUGAGCACACUCAUGUUAGUCCACAGAUGGCACCAACUUGGUUUAAUCAUUUUGGAUCUGGAACCUUUAAGAAUGGUCAGGUAUUAGCAAUGCAUGAUACACAAAAAACCUCUUCCAUGAAGAUGGGUGAAUCACCUCUCGUUCUUGACAAGUCCUCCAGUAGUUUGCAUACAUUCAAUACAAAGCAACACCUGAUACCUGCCAGUAAUGAUAUAAGACGACAUGCUAAGCCGAGCCUGCACACUAUCCCUGGCGCUGCUACUGAGCCAUUUUGCGCUUCCCCAUCAUCAUCGGUGGGUAUAGGAGACCAACAUGCAUUGCCAAGAUCCAAGAAGCGCAAACAUUUGAUAUCUGACUUGAAUCCUUGGUGCAAUUUAGUUUCACAGGGUUUGCGAAAUCUUCAAGCUAUCAGCCUUGGUGAAAGGGAAUGGGCAGAAGCUGCAGAACGAGUUGCUGAAAAGGUUGAGGAAGAUGUUGAGUCUAAUGGAAGUGCUCCUCCUCGACAUAGAGCAAGAAGAAGACUUAUCCUGUCUACUCAGCUUAUGCAGCAACUAUUUCAACCUCCCCCAAGAACAAUUCUUUUCUCAAAUUCAUAUGCAGAAUAUGAGGCUGUUGCUUAUAUGGCAUCUAGAUUGGUAUUGGGUGAUGCAUGUGGUGUGGUUCCUUGCUCCAAAGGCGAUUACAUCGUGGGAACUGAUGGCAAAGAAAUAUCGUAUAGAAAGUGUAAGACAUUGGAGGACAGCUAUCAUCAUCUCUCAAAAGUUAUGGAGGAGUUCACCGAGAGGGGAAGAAAGUUAGAAGAUGAAUUUUUGAAACUGGACAGGAGAGUGUCACUGGUGGAUUUGGCAACAGAAAACCAAGAUUUGGAGAAGUUUUCUGUCAUAAACCGGUUUGCGAAGUUCUAUGGCCGAGGUGGCCAAGCAGAUGGUACAGGUUCCUCACCAGAUGCGGCCACACACCCUUGCACCUCUUUUGCUCAGAGACAUGUGACUCCACUCCCAUUGCCCAGGGACCUCCCUAGUGGGGUACAAUGUUUCUCCCUGUGAUAUCAGUCCCUUCUGCCCGCUGCUUUUUUUAGUCCACAAUCUACCCUUUUUCGGCCUUCAUGACACGUUUCAUGUUGGUUAUGUACUUGGCACCUGCAACAACACAAAAUAGAACUCACAUGGUGGAACAGCAGCAGGUGAAUGAAUGUAUAUGUUUUUUAAGUUGCACAGAAAUGCAGGAGCCGAGUAAUUUUUUUGGUGAAAGGGGAGAUUUCUUUUUAGCCUGGCCUGUCACGUGAAGAUAUCAGCACAUAGUUUAACUAGAUCCCAUGCUUUUCUACUGGUAUGUACAUACAUACAAAAGAUCCCCUUUUCAUAUCCAAGAGGCUUCUAUUUUGUUAAUUAAUUAUUUCUGUCAUGUUGAUCUGUUUAUGUUUGUGGUUCUGUUCCAGAGGUCUCAAUUUUGCAGUUGUAUAAAAGUUCCCUGUUAUGUAGAGUCUUCAUGUACAAUUAAGACCCCCCUCCCC